AUGGCCCUAGUGAGCAGGGCCUUAGUGGCCGCAGCUGUCCUCACUCUGUUCAGCUUGUUUCUCAGCGUAGAGGCGCAGACUCUUCCUCCAGCUCCGGAUCCUUGUGCCACAAAAUCCAACACCAGCUGUGUAGAGUGUCUGCGGGAUGUCAAUUGUUUGUGGUGUGGACUAAACAAACAAUGCAUCAACUACCCAGUGAGGUCCAUCCUGCCCCCCAGCAGCAUUUGUCCUUUGGAUUGGGCACGAUGGGGGGUGUGCUGGCUCAACUUAAAGGGUUUGCUCAUCGGCCUGUUGGCGGUGGCUGGCAGCCUCCUCAUCAUCGCCAUUGUCCUCGUCUGCUGCUGCUGCUGCUUCAGGUGUCAACCAAGAGUUGGAAGCAAGAAAGAAGCUGCAAGGAUGGAGCGAGACACCCAGAUGGGGAAUGCUGAGGCACAGUGA